AUGCAACGCUGUGGAUUUAACUUUUACUGGAAACAAAUAUUCGUAGGAGGUUCAAAUAAAAUUAUUUGUGUUUGUAUGAGAUGUACCGGAGUGAAUCAUUGCAACUUCCUGCUCCUAGAAGACUACCCUCCGUCCAAGAGUUGGUCUCCAGGAGCAGUCUACAUAAAGUAUGCGUGCUUUGAUGACACGCUGUCAGUCCAUUACUGUAACCGAGAGGUGUCCAUCGCAGAGGUGGGCUCCGAUAGUGAGGGAUAUAUCCGUACUCCAGGAUACCCACACUUCUACGUCGGAGACGUGUGCCGGUGGCGGCUAAAGGCUAAUCCUGAGCAAAAGGUCCGAGUCACGUUUCUGGAUGUAAGCCUGAGAAGCAUAGGUCCUUUUGAGAAUCACUGCACAGACUACGUCACAGUUGAGGAUCAGAAUGGCAAUUCCCUUCUGCACUCUUGUGAGCAAGUGGAGCUGCCUCUGCGGUUGACAUCAAUCACUAAUGUUGUGGAUGUGGCCGUGGCAGCUAAGUCCAAAGGAGCGUACCCUAAAAGAGGAAUGUUGUUACAUUAUAAAAGUAUAGGUUGUGUAACUUUACGAGCGCCAUCUAAUGGCUACCUGGUAUAUCGCAACGAAGACGUGGCACAUUACAUGUGCAACGUGAACUUUGUUUUCAAUGAUACCCGAGAGAGGGCGCGUCUACUGUGGUGUUAUGAUGAUAAUCGCCAAAAAGAGUCGAUACAAGAGGCCGUAUCGAACGAUUCAACUCGACGAAGUACAGGAAAAGAAACAAAAAUGACGGCCCACGACGAUCCUAAUAUGAUAGUGGACAUCGUGAUACCGUCGCUGCUAAUAGCUGCCCUGUUCAUCGGGAACGCUUUCAUCGUGUUGAUCAUAUACAAAUACAGAAAACGGAAAACCGACGACAUUGAUGAUGAAUUUAACACCAUACCAUUGAACGUGAACGGAAACGCGCAUAGUGCAGGCAACGCUGUUUAG